ACGCUGCUUGUCUAUAUAAGCUGAAGAAAACGCAUAAAAAGCCAUGUUUUUAGAACGGCCUCAAGUACCUAAGAAGAAUCUCAAGUCUCGAUAGAUAUCUCAUUCCAAUAACAAUCCUAUUCAUCAUGAAGUUCCUCCAAACCAUCCUCGUUCUAGCUGUCGCCGCGAUGGCCACUGCCAACCCGGUGGCUGAGCCCGAUAACCAUCUUGACGCGCGGGCUGGAUGCUCGCCGAAGGGCAAGUAUUGCAAUGGUGGUACCUUUCUCUGCUGUGGCUCUAUGAAGUGCAAGAACAAUGUGUGCCAUUGAGAUAGUGGAUCGGUUGGGUAGCUGAUGGGUACUAUAAUAUCAUGAGGCUAUUGGUAGAAAAGUAAAACGGCUUGAGAGAGAGGCGUGACAUGAACUCUUUGUUGAAUGGCAGGCAUGCGAAGCCUCUCUACGUACUAUGCAAGCAAAAUGCAGGAAUGAAUUUAUUUAGACUAAGCUUCAUGACGGUUCUCUGCUUACCACUGCCACCUAUUGCUAUAUACUUCCCGACCUCUUUGUAUUCCAGUGAUAGUUCAUGAUUGUGUCCGCAUGCCCAGCACUCACAAGAUACGAUACCUACCCCCUUCACAUAUCUUUUUCAUCUGAAAUUUCCGGACCACAACAACAUUCGAAACUCAAGCUGUGUAGGAUUAUUACUCAAACCCAAGAGGCCAUUUCGCAAUGAUGGUAUGUUUAGCCUUCAUUCCCAGACAAGCGUGUGACCCGUUUCUUUGAGACGGCUACGCUCAACGAGCCUGCUAAAGAGGGCAUCAUUGUCCAUGAAAAUAUUCAUAG